GCCAAGCCAUACGGGGCAGGGGCCUCACGAGCCUACUACUUACUAUACGCACACGGUACUCGCUCGCCCUUCUCGGGGCCGUCAGCAACAGGGGGCAAUCCUAGGGCCAAUUCUGUGGCUGAUCAGCCCCAGGACUGGAAACAGUGAUACAGAAAAGGCGAUAAAACGAUCCUUCUUAACCUUUCCUCGUCUCUUCUACCUCGCUGUCUCCUGGUCCUGUCCCUACUUCUUCGUCCCCAAUGUCGACGAGGGGAGUAGGCGAGAAACGGAGUUUGGCGAAGCCAACUUCGUCCGAAUGAGUACCAGCAACCGGACAAGUUCACCAUGUCUCGCCAUAACCUAUACUACGACCAACCCGGCCUCGAGGUAGUGCCGGAGCCAGAAGCGCCACAGGUCGUCUAUGGACCGACGUACAUAGAGAAGCCGUACGACAGCGCCGUUCCGUAUCCGCAGCCGCAAGUGUAUCAGUUUCAACAGGCCAGCAUAGACCAGAACGCCGCCACCUACCCCUCUUCAGCAUACCCCCCAAGCAGCGCGCCGCCGCCGAGCGGUAUGAUCCUGGGAGUAAGGAAGAAGAGGUUUUGGCUGAUGUUGGGGCCAUUAAUUGCCUUGCUGAUUAUCGGCUUGGCCGUCGGCGUGGGUGUGGGAUUGGGAACCGCACACCACGACCCCGACUCGGGGUCCGCCGCAAACGCGAACUCUGUGCCAACCCCCGUCGAAUGCCCCCAGGCCAACGGGACGGUCUACAAGAGAGGUAGCGAGAACUCGUUCCUGGUACUUUGCAACGUCGACUACAACGGCAAAGACAGCACAGGUACCGUCGACAUCGCUAAUAGGGAGACUAGCACGGUGGAAGGGUGCAUCGAUGCGUGCGCCGACUACCCAGGCUGCGCUGGCGCUGGCUGGGGCAACUUCGAAGGACACUACGUGUGUUGGAUGAAAGGGCAUCUUGGAGGUCAGCAGAACGCACCGGGCUGGUUCUUCGCUAUAAGACAGGAUCAGUGAAUGAGAGGAGGGCAAACGUGAGUAAUAUUCGGCUAGGAGGCCGGGAAAGAUCUAUAGGAUAUCCGUGAUGACGGGCGUUAGGAAAGGGUAAGAAACGCAGAUGUGGAAGCGUGCGGACAUGCACAUAGGGAUCCCAGGGGGACUGGGAAUGGGGGAAGAGCCGGGUUUUCGAUCGACUUUAUCCCGCCGCUAUAAGAUACCAUGCUCCUUUAUA